AUGUUCUCCAGAUCAGCCGGUCUUCGUGCUGCUGCCCGUGUUUCCAAGAGAUUCCAGUCGCAUGCCAGCCAUGCCUCUGAAUCCGUCAAGGCCGCUCCUUUCAACAACAAGUACAACUUCAACACCAACCCUCCACCAAUCCACCUGUACUGGAACGCAAGGAAUUCUUUUAUUCUUUUCGCUUUUGCCCCUAUCUUCAUUGGCUUCGGCUACUUGGGCAAGUACACUGGCUCAAACCUUCCUGGUUUCGAAGGCUUGUUAGAUUUCGCCGAGUCCGAGAAGUCUCCAAUCAAGGACAUCAAGUUUGGCGAACCACAGUUGAGAAAGUAG